UCGAUAUACAGGGUUAGAGUGUGGCUGAGUCCGGGAACACAGGACCUGAUGUCAGGGUUUGAAUAUCCGUUCAAUAUCGAAUAUCGAAUAUCAAACCAACUUUAUCUUGGUGUUAUUUCUGCUUGUUUGGAAAAUGUCAAUUCGUCUGCAUGUGUAUUUAACCUGUAGUUUUCCCCUUUAACCCUUCCUCUUCUAGCGAGACCUUUCUGUAAUAAGGUGAAGUUGACAGCUGAUCCUGGGGAAACUCAUCCUAGGUACAAGGAAAACGUCACCCUCGAGCAGAAAUCAGUGGGGAGUGGCUCGGCUCGAAAUGGUCGCUGUUGGUUAUCAUGUAGUGCUAGUCUGUGGAAUUUGCGCUUCGCUGUCCGAUGUAAUGGUGCUGAAUAGUCAAUCACCGCUUGCAUGAUCGGAUUAUUAACUCUUUUGGUAUCACAAAUCCUCGGCAGUGUCUUAUUGAAGGAACUGAGUUGGUCAAAUUUAAAAUGAAGGAUUGAUGCGUUUUGCCAGAAGUUAUCCAUCCAGGAUUACACAGGGAUAGAGUAAGACGCGAUAAAUGCAAUGCUUUUGUGCACAUCUGCAACCAACCAUUUCCCUAGAGCCGCACGCGUUGUGGAAAGAUGUGCGCAGGUUGCUGUCUAUGUGGCCAGAGGGCUAUCCCUUCUUUCUUUCCUCAGAACCCUGAGAGAGUGAGAGAGCGCAGUAUGGUCCUCGCAGCACACUGCUACCUCAUCACGCAGUAGCAAUUUGGCACGAAAACACCCAGUCAGCAACGUAUCUUCGGUGUCUUUUUAAACAGAAAUAUAUGUUUUCAUCGUCCUUUCAACGUCUUAUUCUCAUAGGGCAAUUACUUUGGGACCCAAAUCAAGUGAGGGGUGGCGCGCACGGUUCGUCAGACGCGCAGCUGACAUUACAAACCGUACACUUGGGCAACGAAAGAUGCACACAAUGGAUGUUUGUGUAAGCGCUGGAGACGACAUUUGCAAUCUUUUUUGAACGAUAGACAAGCCUCGUCACUUGCCUUGCAUCCCAACGGAACAUCAUGCGAGUAGGAGAGACUCACUCAAUGCCAUGCUGAGCAUCUCCCCGACUUUUCUGCUGGCGCUGACCACGGUAGCCGGACUACUCCACCGGUGCCACUGCUGGAGCGACGAGGAUCUCCUUCUACCUCCCAUCAACUCCACUAACAGAUUCCUGGCCAACUUGGAAGUGGACGUGCGCUACUCGAAACGAUCCGUAGAGGAGAGUGAAACCUCCUCAUCCGACACUUUGUUGCAGUCAGUGCCACAGUGCAACGUCAGCGUGCAGAGACUGUUUCCCACCUCGCUUGUGGCUCGUUGGGACAGCAAUUUAGGUUUCCAUUGCGAUCUCUUUAUCUAUACCGCAAAUAAUCAUGGAAGGGCGUUUUUUUCUGCUGCUAUCAACAGAGCCAUCUCACCUGUUGUCAUCGAACACCUUGGAGUCACCGGCGGCCAGCAGGAGUUUAAACUGUGUGUUGGAUGUGGCAUGUCACGGUAUCGACGAUUCGGCAGAUCGAAAGCACAGAAUACGGGAGAUCCCAUCAAUUUCUGCUGUGUUGACUUUAGCCUUGACGAACUAAACAGGGACAAAAGUUGGAGAUUGAACCGUAAACCUAUCGAGUCAACUCUAGUAGCCUGUUUCAUGACUCUAGUGAUCAUAGUGUGGAGUGUUGCUGCCCUCAUAUGGCCGGUGCCUAUCAUUGCAGGAUUUCUGCCCAACGGUAUGGAACAGAGACGGCCGAGAUAGAGGAUGACACAAUUAUGGAGAUAAGAUCCGAAUCCAUUUGUCUAAAAAAUACUGUAGAUUACGAUCUACUCGUAUACAAUUAUGAUUACAUUUAUCUAUUUUUGUUUUCGGAUGAAAGAACGCAUUUCGUUUUUUUGGUCUAGGCUAUUUCCUAUUUAUACUGUAGGCCUUCGGUAGACUGUAAUGAGACCAAUAGCCUCUAUAUUUUAAAACGUAGGCUGUUUUUGUAUAUCUAGAAUAUGUAUUGACUAUAGAAUAGGUCCCAUGUUGAGGUUACUACGAUUGUUUCACUACGUAUGUAAACAGUGUUUGUAUGGUUUUUAACCUUUCUUGGAUUGUUGCCUAUAUAGGCCUGGCUAUUUGUAGUUAUUCUGAAGAGAUAAAGUUUGAGCAAAAAGUAUAAUUUAACUAAAAAGUGUGCUGUAAUAAAUGAGUAGAUUUUGUCCAGAAUAAAUUCAUAAAUGUCAUA